CCAUAGUUGCCUUCCGGAAGAAACGCGUAUGUUCCUUUGCUCCUGUGACUCCUUUCCGGUAAGGUAGCACGAUGACGGGCUUCACUGAGAAGCCAAUAUUAAUAGAUGGCCGCGGCCAUUUACUUGGGCGACUGGCUGCUAUCGUUGCCAAGACUAUCUUGCAAGGCAACAAGGUUAUCGUCGUACGCAGCGAGCAACUGAACAUUAGCGGUAACUUCUUCAGGAACAAGUUGAAGUUUAUGUCUUUUCUGCGGAAGAGAUGUAAUGUAAAUCCUGCUCGUGGUCCGUUCCAUUUCCGAGCGCCGAGCAAGAUAUUCUGGAAAACGGUUCGUGGCAUGAUCCCACAUAAGACACAAAGGGGGAAGGACGCUCUCAGGCGACUGAAGGUUUACGAAGGUUGUCCACCACCGUACGACCGCAGGAAGCGUGUUGUUGUACCUGGUGCUAUGAGAGUGAUGUGUCUUAAACCAGGCAGAAAGUACUGUCACGUGGGUAGAUUGUCUCACGAAGUCGGAUGGAAGUACAAGGCUGUAGUUCGCACGUUGGAGAACAAGAGGCGUGUCAGAGCCAUCCUCGAAGUUCAAAAGAGGAAUAAACUUAAGAAACUUACCAAGCAAGCCGGUGAGAAAGUUGCCAAAGCAACGGCACCAUACACAGCGAUCAUCAAUAAUUUUGGAUACAAUUAACUUACGUGUUGAAAAAAAUAAAAGCUCUUAAACACCUUAA